AUGGUCGCCAACCGCUCCUCCAACUCCAACAAGCGCGCCGCCAGCAAGGGCAGUCAACAAAAGUCCAAGCGCAAGGGUCACGAUCUGGACAAAACAUACAGAGCUCGAGUCUCAAAGAACACCAAUGCCGGCGACAACACAAACACAUCUCCACCUCGACGCAACCACGUCCGUGCGGUCCGACAGCCGAAGGCCCCCUUCAGCGUCUUCGAGAAGUUCAAAAUCCUACCUCCAGAACUUCGGGAAAUUGUCUACUACCACGCGCUUGAUCUCGACCAAAACAGCACUAUCAGAUCACCAACCGAAGCGACAACCACGGCGCCUGGGGACUUUGGACUACUCCAAGCAGAUCGCCAGCUGCACCACGAGGCUUCCGCCGUCCUCGAAAGACACGCAACGGCGGAGAUUGAUCUGUCCAUUAACGACGACCGCUCUGAAUGGCUCCAAGAUCUCCUCCCUCGCCGGGCUCGCGAUCCCCAAUACGAGCCGAUGGACCCAAGCGACGAGUACAAGCGCAUCGAGGCCCAGAGGGACUUGAACGAGAAGAAGUUGGCGAACUUUCGCCGCGCCCAUUUCCGCGCUGGCCGAGGGGACCGCGACCUUGGUCUCUUCCGGAUGCACACGGGUCCAUACGUGGACGAGCUGCAUGACUACAUCGAGUUCUGGGUAGCGAACGCGGAGCACGACCGCACGCGGCUUGCGACGUUGGAUCUUGGGCGGCUUCUGCAUCGAGCUGCGGAGUAUGAUACGAAUCCGAAGAGCACGCACAUCCGGAAUGGGAACAAGCGCUUGGAACGGAUCCGGAGGGACACCACUGAGAAGGUUUGGCGGAUCUUCGAACUGAUGGCGUCGGACCGGAAUUGUGAAUGGACCAUUACUUGUUAUCCUUGGGCUCCCGACAACAUCUACAUGCUGAUGGGAGACACGGUCUUCGAUGAUCUCCUCACCAAGUGCACGGCCCUCGGAUUCACCUUCAGGCCAAACACUUCGGGAGAGCGCGAGGCCUAUGAUGACGAGCGCCAGAGCUAG